GGUGAGGACCAUAGACUGUCAAUAACAAGGUGAGGACCAUAGACUGUCAAUAACAAGGUGAGGACCAUAGACUGUCAAUAACAAGGUGAGGAUCAUAGACUGUCAAUAACAAGGUGAGGAUCAUAGACUGUCAAUAACAAGAUGAGGACUAUAGACUGUCAAUAAAAGGGGGGGGACCUAGAAGUAGCAACGUGUUGACUAGAACCGGUAAAACUGGACUGGCCGAAGGUCGGCAGGGUUUCAGCAUCGACACUGCAGCUCACCCGGCCGGAGCAGAUACGGUUUCAUCGGGUCACAUUGUAAAACCAGACUGGAACAUGACGAGCUGACUUCGGACAACAAAGGGACCGGUUGUGAUCAUCAAAGGCGGUUAGUCUACAAUGGGGAGUCAGAGAAACAGUUUAAAGACGGAAAGCUUCAUCUUGUCCGUGGAUGUCGGAACAACAUCGAUCAGAUGUCACGUCUACGAUAAGGAGGCACAGAUCCGAGGAUCAUGCAGAACCCAGGUUCAGCCCUUGUACCCAGAAGUGGGCCAUGUGGAGAUGGACCCUGAUGCCUUAUGGAAAGGGUUUAUCACUGUGGUCACAGGAGCUGUACAAGAUGCAGGAGUACAGAUGUAUCAGAUGGAGACCCUUGGCAUCUCCACCCAGCGAGGAACUUUCACAACAUGGGACAGGGAUACUGGGGUUCCUUUCCAUAAUUUUAUCAGCUGGCAGGACCAGAGGGCUGCAGACCUGGUGAGGUCCUGGAACAGAUCCUGCACCAUGAAAGCAAUCCAUGGCUUGAUGAAGGUGCUGUACUUCCUGACCAGACAGAAGAGGUCACUCGCUGCGAGUGUGAUAAUCUUCUCCACUCAACACGUCACUUUUCGCCUCAUCUGGGCCCUAACACACUACAAGCAGGUUCGUAAAGCGGUAGCUGAAGGAAACUGCUGCUUUGGAACAAUCGACACCUGGCUGCUGUACAAACUCACUAAAGGACGCGUCCAUGCCACCGACUACUCCAACGCCAGUGCAACAGGAAUUUUUGACUCCUAUCAGAUGUGUUGGAGUGGGUUUCUCAGCUCUCUUGUGUCUCUGCCUCUCUCGAUAUUUCCCAAAGUAGAAAACACGGGACAUAACUUUGGCUCCACAGACCCGUCCAUCUUCGGAGUGUCCAUCCCCAUCAUGUCAGUGAUGGCGGACCAGCAGGCAGCCAUGUUUGGAGAGUGCUGCUUUGACGUUGGGGAUGUCAAGAUCACCAUGGGAACAGGCACCUUCAUGGACAUCAACACUGGAAGCAAACCGCACACGUCUGUAGCAGGUCUGUAUCCUCUGGUGGGCUGGAAGAUUGGCUCAGAGGUAGUGUACCUGGCUGAGGGAAACUCAGCAGACACUGGCACUGCUAUUAAGUGGGCUCAGGAGCUGGAGCUCUUCUCUGACGUAAAGAGCACCAGCGCCAUGGCAUACAGCGUCAGUGAUUCAGGCGGUGUGUGUUUCGUCCCCUCCUUCAGCGGCUUGCAGGCUCCUCUGAACGACCCCAAAGCCUGUGCCUCCCUCAUGGGCCUAAAACCUUCAACCACCAAAAAUCACCUGGUCCGAGCCAUCCUGGAGUCUAUCGCCUUCAGAAACAAGCAGCUGUAUGAGCUGAUGCUGAGAGAAACUCACAUUCCUAUCACAAAGAUCAGGAUGGAUGGAGGAGUUUCCUCCAAUGACUUCGUCAUGCAGCUGACUGCGGACCUUUUCGGCAGAAAGGUGGCCAGACCUGAACACCAUGAAAUGUCGUGUUUAGGGGCCGCAUUUGUCGCUGGACUCGAAGUUGGCUUCUGGAAGAGCAGGGAAGAGCUGAAGAAGCUGCAGAGGACCGACAAGACUUUUCUGCCUAGAAGAGCUCCCAAAGUUGCCCAAUUAAAUGGCAACCCAAAUCGGGAGUACCCUCCUGUCCCCCAGAGCUGGGAGAGAGCCCUCAAACGCUCCAUGAACUGGUACAAGACCUAAAACUGGACAGGCAUACAGUCAGGAAAAUCCAGGGUUUGGACAAGAGGGAAAUUAUGGCAAGGUGAAAUGUCAAAGGUCCAUAGAGGUUUAACUGCAAUCAGCUAGCUUCACUUGAAGUAUUUUCCAUGUACAUUAUUGUUUUAACCUUUGACCGUUAACUUGCAGCGGCCUUAUCAGAUUCUUUAUUUCAUUACAUAUUUUUCAGCCAAAAGUACCUCCUUUUUUACAUUAUUUAAACUGUUAUGUAUACAUCUAUCUAUAUGUAUACAUCUUCCCACAUGGGGGCGCUAUUGCUUUUGCAGCUCUUUGAUGUAUAAACUCUGCCAUAGCAACCACAUGCUAAUCAGCAACCAGUCAAACAUUGAUAUUACAUUCAUACAUGAUCCUCUGUGAGGAAAGAGCUUGACCUUUCUGUUCAUGACGGCUCGAGCCCCGAAACAGGAAGCAUCAUCAUUAAAAUCUACACAGCAAUACUUAUUUUGAAAUCUACUUCAUCUUUUCUUAUUUAACAAUGUAUUAACAAAAAGAAGUAGUUUUUCAAGGAUAACAUCAAAUGAUAGAUUUUGUCUCUAAAACAGCACUUAAACUCAUCUUAACACUGAAUACAAUGACUGAUUGUGAUGAUGAUUUGUUUGACUGUAACUGGAACGCACACCUGCAUGUGCACGGGAAUCCAGCUGGAUCUGAGUGCUUCUGUGAUCCAUCACACAUCUCUCUCUGUGAGUGUAAGUAAGUGAUGGACUUUUUGCUUUGCCGAAACAGCUUUCAUAAAUUCAUGUUGACUUAAAUUUGGCUAUGAAGCAAUUUUAAAGUGUACAUGUUUACAAUAAUAAAUGUAUUGUUUAAGAACAAGAUGAUCAGGAAUAAAACUGAACUGGCCUCAAAUAGCAGUACAGUAUGGAUGAAUAGGAAUAGAUAUAUUGAAUGUGACUGUAUCUUGUAGUCAUUAUCUGACUUGUUGGUCCGCGUUUUCAGUCAUGAUGAUGUCAUGUGAUGAUAUCUGAAAUAUUUUUCUUUUGAAGGAUUUUUUCUUGACCUAAUGAACUCUGUUGAUGAACUACAAAUACUUGUAUAAAUAUACUAUGACUGUCAUUCUAGAUGUGGUAUUCUUGCUGUUAAAAAAACAUGUUCCACUUUUCUUUAUACUGUAAUAAAAUUUCUAAAUACAAAA